AUGGCGCUGGAAGGAAGUCCGCCGGGGUGUCGUUCCGGCCACUCCGCUCAGGAUCGCGAUGAUGUGAGAACCUUUGGGAGGAGGAGAAGGCGGAUUCUCGAAGUGGCCAAAGGCCCGUGCGUUAGCGUAUCGCUCCUGGAAGCUCUUCCGAGCCCCCGGAAUCUUUAUUGUGGGGCAUCUACACAGUACGGAGGUUACAGGCAAAAGUUUUCAAAGUGGGUCAGGUACUGGCAAGGGUUAUGGGCAGGGGCCAAGCAAAGCCCUCGAAGUACCUCCUGUUGCCAGAGCGCGUCGCGCGCAGCAGUCAAUUCAAACAUCACCAGCUUCGCGAUGUCUUCAGAGCUCCCCUCUACGCCGCCGAGCCAUCAUUCUAAGAGCGCCCAUCUCUCUCGCGAUGAGCGGCUUCAAGUUCAGACUCUCCGCAAAUGUGGUUUUACAUACGAGCAAAUCGUCGCGCAACUCGGCUUUACCUACAACCAGGUCGGACAUGCCUGCCGCGCCCCAAACAUCACGCCAAAGAAACGCUCUGGUCGGCCCGGCCUUCUCAAUCCAGAACAGAUUGAAGAUUUGAUUGCGUUCAUCACUUCCUCGAAAGCUACUCGCCGAAUGCCCUACUCCAAAAUCCCUGCUGCUCUAGGCUGGGACUGUUCAGACUGCCUAUCUGGGGUCCAGUCCAGGGGCGCUGCGCCAAACGAGAUCACCAAAAACACGUCGCUGUCUCGCACGUUGUGGCAAUCAACCAUCAAACACCACGCCCGCGCAUCUCACCUAUUCGCCAUGGAGUCAAACAAAGAGAAGGACAUGAGGCAACCGGACUUGAUCAUUCCGUAUCAAGAGCCGGCUGCGAAGGGCGACAACGUCGAGUUCCAAUCGACCAUCUCCUCUACUCUCCCCAUGGCCGCCAUUUUCAUGCGCAACAAAUACGUUGGGUGGGCGGCCGUUGUCUUUAGCAUCCAGAGCUGGCUCGGCGAGAGCGAAGAGACCAAGAAGAGCAGCAGCACACCAGGCUACUUCAAUGUCGGCAUGUCAGUGGUGUCUCUGCUUGUUACAUACCUCCCUCUCUUCCUCCCGCCACCCGGCACAAAAUCGGGAAGCCCGACUGGCGCCCCGGCGCCCUUGCCGGUCUAA